AUGGACCCCUUGCAGGACAGGAACCUCUCCCACAGUUCCUUUGUGUUCCUGGGCUUCCCGGAGCUCAGCAGACACCUGCGUCUGCUGGCGCUGCCCUUCUCGCUGUCCUACGGCUGGGUGCUGCUGGGGAACCUGCUGCUGGUCCACGUGGUGAGGAGCCUGCCCAGCCUGCACAGCCCCAUGCACCUCCUCAUCUCCGCGCUCUGCCUGGUGGACGUCCUGGCGGUCAGCGCCAUCAUCCCCAGGAUGCUGGUGGGCUUCUUCUCGGAGCAGGAUCACAUCAGUCUGGCCGGCUGCCUGCUCCAGAUGUUCGUGGCCCACUUCCUGUCGUCGCUGGAGUCUACGCUGCUCCUCGCCAUGGCGCUGGACCGCUACGUGGCCAUCUGCCGCCCGCUGCGCUACGCAGACGUCAUCAACCCCCGCGCGGCUCUGAAGCUGUGCGCCUUCGCCGUGCUCCGCAGCUGCUCCAUCAUGCUGGCCCUGGUGGCGCUGGCCGGCUCGCUGACCUUCUGCGGCUCCAGCGUCAUCCUCCACUGCUACUGCGACCACAUGGCGCUGGUCAGCCUGGCGUGCGGCGACACGGGCCGGAGCAAUGCCAUGGGGCUGGCCGUCAUCGGCUGCUUCGUGGGCGGGGACAUCUCCCUCAUCUUCCUCUCCUACGUGUGCAUCCUGCGGGCGGUGCUGCGGACCCCCCACGGAGACCGCUGGAAGGCCUUCCACACCUGCGGGACGCACCUGAUGGUGAUGAUGUGCUUCUACCUGGUGGGCAGCGUGACCUUCCUGUCCCACAACCUCCACAUCCCCAUCUCCACCAGCGGCAACACCUUCAUGGGCCUGGCCUACAUCCUGCUGCCCGCCACCGUCAACCCCGUCAUCUACGGGGUCCGGACUAAGGAGAUCAGGAACGGCUUUUAUAAAGUCUUUAACGUCAAAGCCAAGGACAACAUGGCAGUGAAGGUCACCUCCAUUAAGGUUUCUCCAAUCGUCAAAGAACCGGGGUGA